AAGUAGGGUCUCCUUCUGAUGCAACCUCCUGCCGUUGAAUGCCUGUCUUUCAGGGCCACAAAGCUCCAAUCUUGCUGGCAUCAUGAUGAUGGCAGCACAAAUGGCUUCCGAUGAUCGAUCCCCUGCUUGCAUCCGGGUCUGCAUGCAUACCUAUACAUGAUACAGGCUUCUAUGACCUACCUAGCAUUUCAUGUCAGCUUGCAUCUAGCAUCUCUUCGCGACUGUGAACCCUUUGUCAUCAUUGAAACUUCAGAGUUCCGGAUUGCAUCUUUGUUGAAGCAAUCUUUGAAGAACCGCAGCUAGCUUUCGACAUUUCGCGCUUGCAAAUCUUACACUUUUGAACGCGUUUCUUCCUGGACUCUGCGCUGUCGACUGUUCUCAGCUGCACAACUCGCAACGUUAGAGCCAUUUGUAUUACUCCAUUGAAGCAGCAAGAUGGGAGACGCCAAGCACAACUGCGUCGGUUUCGCAGCUCGCGACAGUUCUGGCCACCUGGCGCCGUUCAACUUCUCUAGGCGGCCUGUGGGUGAUGAGGACGUGUCGUUCAAGAUUGAGUACUGCGGCAUCUGCCACAGUGAUCUGCACCAGGUCAAGAAUGAGUGGGGCGGCGCAAAGUAUCCGAUGGUGCCUGGGCACGAACUGGUGGGCCAUGUUGACAAGGUUGGCAGCAAGGUGACUGCCUUCAAGGUGGGCCAGAAGGUCGGGGUAGGGUGCAUGGUGAAUUCAUGCCGGGAGUGUGAGUUCUGCCAGCGUGAUGAGGAGCAGUUCUGCGUCAAGGGGAUGAUCCAGACAUACAAUGCCACUGACGUGGACGGGACGCCAACAUAUGGAGGCUAUUCUGACUCUGUUGUCGUGAAUGAGAAGUACGUCCUCCGCAUGCCCGAGAACCUCGACUUCGCCGCAAGCGCCCCCCUGCUCUGCGCCGGAAUCACAACUUACAGCCCGAUGCGUUACUAUGGUAUGGACAAACCGGGCAAGACGUUCGGCGUUGUCGGUCUUGGGGGGCUGGGUCACAUGGCCGUGCAGUUUGGCAAGGCGUUCGGCAUGCACGUGAUUGUCUUCUCCACGUCACCCAACAAGAAGGACGAGGCCCUCAAGGGUUUGGGUGCGGACGAGUUUGUGGUGUCCAAGGACGCAGAGGCGAUGAAGGCACGUGCCAACACCGUCGACUACAUUCUAGACACGGUUUCCGCGAAGCACCCGAUCAUGGACUACCUCAGUCUGCUGAAGCCCGACGGGAAGCUGAUCAUGGUCGGCGUGUCGCCCGAGAACCUUGAAUUCAAUGCGGGGGGCAUUGUGAUGGCUCGCAGGAUGAUUGCCGGGUCCCUCAUCGGGGGUAUCAAGGAGACGCAGGAGAUGCUCGACUUCUGCGGCGAGCACAACAUCACGUGCAAAAUCGAGAAGGUUCCCAUGGAGUAUGUCAACACCGCCAUGGACCGUCUCGUCAAGAAUGACGUGAAGUACCGUUUCGUCCUCGACGUGGCUAAGACGCUGGGCAAGGCCGUGGAGAGCAGCAAGGAGGAGUGAACGGUUUGAGAGUCUGACUGGUGAUAUGCUCGCGCAGAACAAAUAUUUUGGAAGGUUUUGAGGUGAAGUUGGUAGGUGGAAUUCAAUAUUGGUGGGUUUGAAGAGGUCGAGAUGUGAAGACGGACGGUGGACGUGAAAGGCGAUCAGAGGAGAUCAGAGGAGAUUGUUCUGAGUCAAAUUCUGUAUAGAAGCGCCGCAAAAUAUAAUGGUUAGUCAGCAAGUAAUGGCAUGCAUUGUUGUGGAGGAGGUUAGCUAGAUAAAUGACUUUCAAAAAUGGACGGUAGAACGUUAUGACCUGUCAAAUUAUGAUUCCAAAGUUUGAUUAGUAUCUGGGAUAUUUGUCCGAUGUAAUCAUGGAGAGCAGUAAUCCACUUGUGCUCUCGAUU